GGCUGAUCCCCGCAGAGACGCAGGACAACAACAGGAUGAGGAGCUGAGUCGUCGUGAGGAAGAGGAUGAUCAUCGCCCACCUUCAUCAGGAACAGGGCCACUAGAGACGCACAGGUGACGCCGCUGCUCCGUGAUCACACACUGGCAGGAUGUCGUCCAUAUCCAACGCCGACUACCUCUGCAACCAUGGCGACACCAUCUGCGAGAUCCGCGUGUACGAGCAGGAAGUCAUCGUCGUCCCCACGCUGCUGCUGCUCAGCUUCCUGGUGACGCUGGUCUUCAUCCUGCUGCUGCACUUCUGUCCCGAGAGGGUGGAUCGCAUCCGCCCACAGGCCAUCAGGUCCAAGACCAGGAGGGUUCUGCACGGCAUCGAUGCUCCUGCCGGCAUCAACGUCCUGGAGCACGAGAGCAUCGCGCUGGACAUGCCCAGCAGCUACUCCACCUUCCACCCGCCCAACACCUACAACAGGCCAGAGCCAGACCCCGGCCCCGCCAAGGCCCUGAGAGCCAGCUUCACGCCGGUGGUCCAGCCCCGGGAGCUGCCGCGCCAGAGGCUGCCCGAGUCCUUCAACCUGGUCACGCCGCUGCCCGACGCCUUCGCCAUGCGCUCCGACUCCAACGUGUCUCUGUGCAGGGCGAGGAUGGAGAACCGCAACGUGGUGCUGCGCGUGCUCAACGACUCGGCUGAUGCCACAGAGAGGCACAGCUUCCUGGGCUUUGCCUCCUUCCUGGCCCAGCUGGGUCCUCAUCCCUUCCUGCCCGAGCUGCUGGGCGUGGUCUCCCUCAGAGCCCCCCUGGUGACGGUGGUGGAGGAGCUGGAGAACAGAGACCUGCUCAGCUUCCUGUGGCGGUGCCGAGAGGAGAGCGUGGAUCCUCCGUGUGAGAUGACAGAGCGUCGCAUCUUCACCAUGGCCCAGCAGGUGGCGUCAGCGCUGGAGUUCCUCCACAGCAAGGACCUUCUGCAUGGGAACAUCCGCGCGCACAGCGUCCUGGUGAGCAAGAGCUUCACUGCCAAACUGUGGGGGCUGCACGGGGUCUACACCAGGAAGAACCAGGGGCCCACCAGGAGGGAAGACGCCAGCAUGAAGAAGUGGCAGGCUCCAGAGAUCCUGGCCAGAAGACCGGCCGGGCCCAGCAGCGAUGUAUGGUCGUUCGGGGUCAUGCUAUACGAGAUGGCCACGCUGGGUGACGUGCCCUUUGCCGAGAUCUCUGUCAGCGAGCUGCUGCAGUUCCACCAGCGGGGGAAGAGCCUGAAGAAGCCGGCGCACUGCUCCAGCACGCUAUAUUCACUCAUCAAGGGCUGCUGUCAGUGGAAGGACAUGGACCGGCCCACUCUGGCUGAGGUCACCCGGAAGCUGACCUCCGGAGAGAAGAGCGCCUCGGACAAGGUCCUCAAGGUGCCCGCACCCAUCAACAUGGAGCAGUACCUGCAGGAGGCCGGGUUCGGGGAGAACCACAGCUACACGGUCUUCUGAUCCCCGAGGUCCGGUCCACACCAGGCCAACCAGCGCUUUCUGUUUGUGCAUUUAACUGAGCCGUUUCAAGCAUCCUGAAGGCAGCGGAACCACUGAGGCGUCGCCUCAAAGCUCCGACCAAAUGAUCCCGUUACCUCUGAAUAAUGGCUCCCAAACUAAGCUGGUGUGGGCGGGGCCUCAACACGCCCCUCAGAGACAAACGUGUUUACUGGAAAAGUUUGUUUUAUUUUCAGCGACAUUCACAUUCGUUUGAAGGCUCUUUAUUUAUGUCCGUCCGCCGACGCCCGACUCCGCUGCUAUGAAUGAAGGUUUGCGUGCUCGUUUACAACAAGAAGCCAUUUUGUUUUUGUAUAAUUCUAAUAAAGUUUGGGGCUGUUGACAUUGUUUUUAGGAAUGAAAAUGUGAAUAAAAUAAUCUCAACGCGCGACUUCAA